AUGUCUCAUUCUUCACCUGAUGUUGCUUCUGAUCCUUCUCAAGAAGCAAUGGCUCUUCUAAAAUGGAAAGCCAGCCUUCAAAACCACAACCAUUCUCUUCUGCCAUCUUGGACUCUUUCUUCUCCAAAUGUCACAAAUACUUCUAUCCACCUCAAAACCAAAUUAAGUCCAUGCACUUGGUUUGGAAUCUCUUGCAAUCAUGCCGAAAGUAUCACAAGUGUUAACUUGACCAGCACAAGUCUGAAAGGCACACUUCAUGAACUAUCUUUCUCAUUAUUUCCCAAUCUUGUACUCAUUGAUCUAAGCGUGAAUGAACUCUUUGGUGUCAUCCCUCCUCAAAUCAGCCACCUAAAAAAUCUAGAGGUCCUUUACCUUUAUUCAAAUAAGUUAUUUGGUUCUAUUCCUAACGAGAUAGGAAACUUAAACUCUCUAAGAGAUAUAGUUUUGGGAGAAAAUCAAUUGAGUGGCUCUAUUCCUUAUUCUAUUGGAAACCUGACCAACUUAAAAGAUUUAUACCUCCAUACUAACAACCUUUCUGGUGCCAUUCCUGAGGAGAUAGGCAACUUGAAGUCCCUUUUGGAUUUAGCGUUAAGCACAAAUCAAUUAAGUGGCUCUAUUCCUUUGUCUAUUGGAAACUUGAGCAACUUAAAAUUUUUAUACCUCUGUGGAAACAACCUUUCUGGUGCCAUUCCUGAAGAGAUAGGCAACUUGAAGUCCCUUUCGGAUCUAGAGUUAGGCACAAAUCAAUUUAGUGGCUCUAUUCCUCGGUCUAUUGGAAACUUGAUCAAUUUAAAAAUUUUACACCUCCACACUAACAACCUUUCUGGUGCCAUUCUUGAGGAGAUAGGCAACUUGAAGUCCGUUUCAGAUCUAGAGAUAAGCACAAAUCAAUUAAGUGGCUCUAUUCCUUGUUCUAUUGGAAACUUGACCAACUUAAAAGCUUUAUACCUCCACACAAAUAACCUUUCUGGUGCCAUUCUUGAGGAGAUAGGCAACUUGAAGUCCCUUUCGGAUCUAGAGUUAAGCAAAAAUCAAUUUAGUGGCUCUAUUCCUCGGUCUAUUGGAAACUUGAGUAACUUAAAAUUUUUAUACCUCCGGAGUAACAACCUUUCUGGCGCCAUUCCUGAGGAGAUAGGCAACUUGAAAUCCCUUUGGGAUCUAGAGCUAAGCAAAAAUCCAUUUAGUGGCUCUAUUCCUCGAUCUAUUGGAAACUUGAGCAACUUAAAAUUUUUAUACCUCUACAGUAACAACCUUUCUGGUGCCAUUCCUGAGGAGAUAGACAACUUGAAGUCCCUUUCGGAUCUAGAGUUAAGCACAAAUCAACUGAGUGGCCCUAUUCCUCAUUUUAUUGGAAACUUAAGCAACUUAAAAUAUUUAUACCUCGAUAGGAACAAUUUUUAUGGCACCAUUCCUGCAGAGAUAGGUAACUUAAAGUUCCUUUUGAAUUUAUCAUUAAAUCAUAAUCAUCUUAGUGGUGUUAUUACUCCUUCCCUUACAAAUUUGAGCAAUAUUAAAAUGUUGUCUCUUGCUUAUAACAAUCUUUCUGGUUUAAUUCCCGGUAUGGUGGGAAACUAA